GCAUAAAACGAAAAAAGUUUUUUAACGAUGACCUCCUACAAAGGAAAAUUAUUCAACUAUAACGGCAGGCGUUAAGCGACGUGGGCGAUAUUCGCCUGAUGAAAAAUAUGGUUUAACACCCAGACUAAAACCUCUUGUAGUUGCGAUGGUAAAUUGAACACAAGAAGACAUCAGAUAAUUAUAAAACAUUAUUUUGUCGACCGAAGAUUCGUAAACAUUCUUGCUUGGCUGUUUUAUUUUUCUUAUCGAUUUUGAUCGUUGUAAGCGAUCAAUUAAGCCACAUCGGCCACAUCAGUAUGUUACAAAAUCUUUCAAUAUUAUCUCGAGUAUGUCACGACUUCAUGGAUAGACCAACACCAACAUACAAUCGUCCUGGCAGUGUUCAAGCAUUUCCAAACUCGGACGUCCACUUUGUUGAAGGGGACCAAUCAACAAUGUACUCGAAUGGUCCAGGUUCAUUCUCAUAUGCUGAUAAUAGCAUGUUUGGACAACAAGGACCUCCUGCUACCGCUUACAUGGAUGGUAACCAACAUCAAGCAACCUAUACAACUUCUACUAUUGAAUCUCCUACCAUGGUACCUGGUAGUCAAGGACAAGUUAUCACAUAUCAACAUGCUACUGGUCUAACUCCUCAAAUGGCCAGUCGGACUCCACUAACCCAUACAACUAGAACUUCACCUGCAACGGUUUCGUGGUUACUGGAGAAUUACGAGACUUCAGAAGGUGUUAGUUUACCUCGGAGUACACUCUACAAUCAUUAUUUACAACAUUGUCAGGUCAACAAACUUGAUGCUGUAAAUGCUGCAAGUUUUGGCAAACUCAUACGUUCCGUGUUUGUCGGUCUUAAAACACGAAGACUGGGAACUAGGGGCAACUCAAAGUAUCAUUACUACGGUAUACGCAUUAAACUAAACUCUCCACUCAACGCUCUUGUUGAUAAUGAUAUUCCUGGAGCCAUGCGUCAAUCACCGUCUACUCAUAAAAGUAAGUUGAAACUAACUGCGAAAAUUGAGAAUGAUUCAUUUGGAGAAGAACAGACUAAAGUUACGGAUGACUCACAACAAAACAAAAAUCAACAAGAACAACAUCAACAAUAUUUGGGUGAUACUUCGCAAGGCCUGCCUCAUUUUAAACCAGUUGAAAUUACAGAGCCUUUACCUGAUGGAAUAAGCAGUUCAGAUAUAGACAUCUUUUCUCAAAUGUAUCAUGAACACUGUCAGGCAAUUUUGGACGUCGUUGUUAAUUUACAAUUUUCAAUGGUCGAAGCGUUAUGGCAUACAUUUUGGCGUGCUCCCUUAUUGGAAGAUGAAUCAAAACAGGAUUCACAAACUCCAUGUCAAGAUAUGGAAGAACGACUUCCUAAAAGCAAGUUAACAUUACUGUGUAAUUAUGAACCUGUGUUGGAAUUCGUUAAAAACGCUGAUCAUGUUCUAUAUCAGAUUUUGGUUGAAACUUUGAUACCAAAUGUAUUACGACCAAUACCAGGUUCGUUAACGUCAGCCAUUAGAAACUACGCAAAAUGUCUCGAAUCGUGGCUUGGUGGUGGUCUUGCAGAUGUACCCCAUAAAAUGGUUGAACUUAAGAUUUCAACAUGCAGUGCAUUCUCUCAAACUUUACGACGGUAUACGUCGCUAAACCAUCUUGCUCAAGCUGCUCGCGCUGUACUUCAAAACCCACAACAGAUCAGUCAAAUGUUGGCUGAUUUGAAUCGUGUAGAUUUUGUCAAUGUUCAGGAGCAAGCGUCUUGGGUUUGCCAAUGUGAUGAUGACGUUGUCAAUCAGUUGGAAGCUGAUUUUAAAGAAACUUUGUCUGAACAAAACUCUCUUGAGAAAUGGGCAGAAUGGCUCGAAAGUGUUGUGAAUAAAGUGCUUGCUUCUACGGAAGGCACACCUUCAUAUCCUAAAGCUGCUCGACAGUUUUUAUUAAAAUGGUCAUUUUAUAGUUCAAUGGUCAUUCGUGAUCUUACUUUACGUAGUGCUGCUAGUUUUGGAUCAUUUCAUUUAAUUCGUCUUCUCUAUGAUGAGUAUAUGUUUUAUUUGAUUGAACAUAAAGUAGCCGCAGCUACUGGAAAAUCACCUAUCGCAGUCAUGGGCGAGUUUGUCGGUUUUGGCAAUAAACUGGCUUUGUCAUUAAAUCCUCUUGAUCAACUCAGACAAAACGGCCUUGCUGGUAGUGAAUCAGAAGUACCUUCAGAUAAUGAUUGCAGUGAUCUUAUGCGGUCGGGUGAUCUUCCUACAACUGAUGAACCAGACAAGAAAAAACAGAAGACGAACUAGUAACAUUGUAAAAUAUUACAUCAACAUCAUUCAUUGCUGUUUGUUCAGCAUUCUGCCCUAUAGUUUCAUCUUUUCGUGAUGUAUUUUGUGGAACUGUGUUGCUUUCAACUACUCUCAAUUGGUACAGUAACAUGAAUGGUCACAGUUAUUCAUAAAAUUCAUAAAUACGUAUUGCUCUUGCUUUUCGUAGUUUUACUUUCGACGAUUUUAUUGCUAAGUUCUAUCCUGACCUGAAAUUUGGGUUGUCGGAUUUUGAUUAUCAUUCGCGGAUUUUGUUUGAAAUCUUGUUUUUUACUUGUAGUCGUAAGGCCGUUGAUAGUUUUCAAUUGUAGAAGUAAAUAUUAGAAAAUUAGUUGUUUCAAAAAUUGAGUGUUGUCAUCUGCAAUUACAUUUCCUUAUCUAUUUA